AUGGCUGGAAUGCUCCUGGGCGCUGUUCUCGUGUCGCUGGCACUGCUGGAUGGCGUCAUGCAGCGGGUGGAGGUGGACCGCUCUGAACUCCUUCAGGGUGAAGCCAGCAGUACGUUUACUGGUGGCCAUGUGAACCCUAACAGCGGUGGCAACAGCAACCGAACUAGUGUGGUGGCGAGCGAGUUGCUCUCUCCACCUUUUCGUUUUCACGUGUACGAUGUUCCUGAGCGCUAUGGUGAGGGUGCGCUGCGUCUGCUGGAAGAGAGGUGGCCGGUAAGCUUCUGUAACCGGCGGCUGCCGAAGAGCAACUACACCAUGCUUGACUGGCGUCACGCGCUCUCGCUCUUCACCGCCGAUGUGUGGAUGGUGCGCCACAUUCGCUCCCAUCCCGCCCACACGAAUAACCCGGCGGAGGCGGACAUCUUUAUCAUUCCCAUCAUUCCACACGUCUACCACUGCGCCCACGUGAGCCACUACAUGAUUGAGGUGGUGCGCCACAUCCAGCAGCAAUACCCGUACAUCCGCGUGUACGACCAGCACGACCACUUCAUGUUCUGGUGGCGCUGGGCGCUCCACCACCGCAGCGUUCAGGGUUUUUGGCGCCACGUGCAGAGGAACAUUCCCAACGUGAAGCUCAUAUCGUACGAUCUGCUUGAAAUCAUGGGCCGGAACGACUACCAAGAUUUCUCUCUCGCGCUGAAGCCGCUGUUUCUUGCCAACAUGCUCAACGUGGUUGUCCCGUACCCUGACAUGGCGCCGGCGCUGCGGCAGCCGCCCGACAUGGCGGCACCGCGACCCGUUCUGUUCUAUUUCGCCGGGACCCACACGAUUGGCGGCGUUCGACGGUGGAUCCGACGCAACUGCCAGAAGGAGCCGCAGGCGUGCGUGUACGAGACGUUUGCCAGCACCGGCGUCACGGCGGAGCGGCUGCGCGUGCCGCUGGCGUACCCGGAGCAGAUGCGACGCGCUGUUUUCUGCGGCCACGCGGCGGGUGACGCGCUGUCGUCGCGACGCCCCACCUCCGCGGUGCUCGCCGGCUGCAUCCCUGUCAUCAUGUGCGACCUCUGCAUCAUGCCCUUCGAGGGCGUUGUGGGCUACAGCAGGUUCGCGGUGUUUAUCCCAGAGGACGUUGUCAUCGCGGGCCGCAUGAUGGAGACGCUGCGGUCCAUCCCGGCGCGGCAGGUGCGGCACAUGCAGAAGGAGUUACGGCGUGUGCGCAGUCGUUUCACGUAUAACGCCGAUGGGCUGAAGCCCAACGACGCCCUCGACACACUGGUGCAGGAGCUCGCGUUGCGCGGGGCGUUGCUGCGGCAGUACAAGCGGUGGUGGCAGACUAACCGCAAUCUUUCCUCUUCCUACAACGACUACCCGAGUGUGCCGCCGGCGCGGAGGCGCUACAUGCUGCCGCCAGACGCACCCGGGGCGGCGGAGUUCAAUGCCGUUUGA